GGGGCCAAAUCUGGGACGCUUUCUAUAUUUUGUCCUUAUUUAAGUGGAAACCCGGGCUGAGCUCCGAAACCGGCGAUCUAAUGGCGACGGCGGCGAGGGGGGCGAGGGGCCAUCUAUUCCGAGCGCCGCCGCCAACGCCGGUCGCGACGGGGAAGGGUUCCCGGUCGGCGGCCGUGGACGACUGGGUCCUCGCCGAGUACCUCGAGAGAUCCCUCAAGGUCCCCGACCUCACCCUGCCGGAAUCGUGCUUUCCGACGAGGUCCCCCGUCAAGGACCUGCCGGAGGUCGACCUUCCGGCGCUCCUUGCCGGCGAGGAGUCCGCAGUCCGCCGGGUGCUGGCCGCCGCGGUGGAGAUCGGCGCGUUCCGGAUCGGCGGAGGUGGGAGGGCGGUGGCGGCGGAGGAGGUCCGGGCGGCGACCGCGAUCGGCGGCGGGGUGUUUGGGGUUCCCGGCGAGUUGGGCCGGUGGCUGGGGCGGAGGGAUGGGAUCGGGGAGGAGUUCUAUUGGAUGCGGCCGAUGAGGUCGGAGGACGAGAAGGUUCUCGAAGAGGCUUUGGGCGACACUUAUCGCAUCUUCAGAGAUAAGAUGGAGAAUGUUGCUGCGAAGAUGGAGAUGGUUGCUGAGAGCAUCAGCAAAGUUCUCUCUGAACACAUCAAAAACCCAAGGCGUUCGAUGGAAAUUGCCAGCAACCCAUCAAUCCUCUGUUUGAGAAAGUAUGACCCCCAUGACAUACAAGCUAAUCGGAGUGAGAACAGCCAUGCAAAAUCACUUCACUCUCAUGCAUUAAGUCUCCAUAUCUCUGGCGACGACCACAACUUCUGGAUCCGUUCUCCAGGGGGCUCAGCAUUUUUCGAGUUGCCUGCCGGGUGCAUACUUGUUACUCUUGGUAGAAAACUGCAGGAAUGGAGCAAUGGGGAGUUCAAGAGUGCCACUGGCGAGGCAAUUUUUGAGCUGAGUGAUGAUCCAAAUCGUUCUUUCUCCUUGGAGUUCAUGUGCAGUCCCCUGGUUCCAUGUCGUGAGCUUGAUCAUGAGAUAAAGAAGGUAUCCAUAGUGGAUCAGCUAUUGAUAAUGCUGCUGCUUUUCUUCUUCUACAGCCUCUGGACUCGCAUAUCCUUCAAGUUCACCAAUACGUAGUGUGGUAAAAAGAUCGACUGGUAAUCGUGUGGUAUGGACGCAAUUCUAAGCACAGGUGGAGACUCUGCUUUGCUUCAAAGUAGAGAAGAAUCAGGAGGCUCUUCGGAUUGAGCAACCUACCCCCUUCACUUCUCCCUCGAUAGGUUUCGAGGAGCAGCACUGCAACAAAGCAAGGCAGUGGCAGCAGAGGUCAAGGUGAAUGGACAGACGACUGCUCUGGGGGAUUAUGUGGUGUUUCUGUGUGCUUCUAAUCAGGCAGAGUUCCUCUGCUAGGAUUCCUCAUUCCAUUUUAUUCGGAGAAAAUUGGGAUGAAGUAUAUGUAAUCACUUGGUUGUGGAUUGAGUUUGUUGGUUAUAGACACAAUUUGGUGUGUCUGAGAGUUGGCUUGCUUUGAAGAUGUUUUUUGGACGGAUAUAUGCAUGGUGGUUUCAUGUACAUUCUUUUUUGAUAAGAUUUGUUAAUAAACAUGUUAUAUAUAUGGGAAACUUGCUACAAGAGCCUGUAGUCUCA